UCCGAUAUACAGUAGGGCACAUAUGUGCACUGGGCGUUAAUCCUUCAGCGGCUGCUCUGGACCGGAGAGCGGAGAAAGUGGGAGGUCAGAGUCAGAGGCGGAGGACAGGUGGGAUAACGGCCCCAGCAGCCAUCACUGGAGCUGGCUGGAGAAGUGCUGACUGAGGCAGGCCCAAAACAAAGCCUCUGAAAGCGUCCAGACGAUCCCGGACCAGUCCCGUCCCGCGCCGGCCCACAGAAAGGCCGUCUCAGUCAGCGAUCUGCUCAGCGCCGGGCCUGAUGAAAAGAUAAUUCCCCCUGCGCAGACCUCAUGCAGCGCGGGGGCUCGCUUUGCGAAGCGCUGACAGAGAGAGAUCAAGUUAGAAAGGAUAUGAGUGGGAAACUUCAAAAAACCGCUCAUGUUUCUGGACAGUGAAAGGAUUUGUAUAACACAUUCACUUUUUGAUGGACUUUCCCAUGUUCCGCCGGACAGCCCUUUUUGUUGACGCCUCGGAAGAAUGGGUCUCUUAUGCUUGGUCAUUUUUUUCUGCCAGGCCGAAGCCCAUGUCUGGGCUCGUUUUGCAGGGAUGCUGGGCAAGCUGAGGCCAGUCAGUCUCAUGCCGGAGGAGGGAGCACAUGGAGUACCGCUGACCACUCAGCUGCCAGGCAACCAGGUGCUGACAUGGAACGUAUAUGUUUGAUUCUUUUGCUGUUAUAUAAAUUAUUGAUAGUCAAAGCCCAGUUCAAUGGAUUCAACUGUGAUGCCAACUUUCAUAGCCGUUUUCCUGCUGAGCGGGACAUCAGUGUGUACUGCGGGGUGCAGACCAUCACUCUGAAGAUUAAUUUCUGCCCGGUGCUUUUCUCUGGCUACACUGACACUGACCUGGCCUUGAACGGACGUCACGGUGAUGCUCACUGCAGAGGGUUCAUUAACAACAACACCUUCCCUACAGUGGUGCUGUUCAGCAUCAGCCUGAGCACGCUGGAGGCCUGUGGAAACUCACUAGUGGUGUCCACGGCUCACGGGCCCAAUGCCUAUGGAAACCUCUCAUUGGUGCAGAUUGGGAGUAUAUCAGGCUACAUUGAUACACCUGACCCUCCAACCGUCAUCAGCUAUUUACCCGGCCUGCUGUAUAAAUUCAGCUGCAGCUACCCACUGGAGUACCUGGUCAACAACACACAGCUGGCUUCGUCUGCUGCUGCUAUUUCAGUGAAGGACAGUAAUGGUACAUUCGUGAGCACACUGAACCUCCUGCUGUACAAUGACUCCACGUACGUCCAGCAUUUGUCAAUUCCGAUGGCUGGCCUCACUCUGAAGACUCGCGUCUUUGCUGCUGUGAAGGCCACUAACUUGGACAGAAGGUGGAAUGUGCUGAUGGAUUACUGCUACACCACUCCCUCUGGGAAUCCUAACGACCAGCUUCGAUACGACCUUUUCUUUGGCAGAUGCGAUAAGGACCCUCAGACGACCGUGUUUGAGAACGGGAAGAGCCAGAUGGGUCGAUUCUCCUUUGAGGUGUUCCGCUUUGUCAAACACAAGAACCAGAAAAUGUCCACGGUUUUCCUGCACUGCGUGACCAAACUGUGCCGGUCUGACGACUGUCCCAUGCUCAUGCCGAUCUGUGGGAAGCGUAAGAGAAGGGAAGUGACAGAACACUCUGACUCUAAUGCUGCAUCUGGGAAUGCAGUAAUAACUGCAGGACCAAUCAUUACCAGGAGCGAAGAAACUCCAACCAAUAACUCUCAGCUAGCUCAGCUAAACAGCGCUCCGUUCAGGAUGAACUCCAUUACGAGUGCGCUGGUUUCAGGCAUCAUCAUCCUCGCUGUGAUGAGCAUGUGUUUCUUCGUCUUUUCGAUGACGCUCCUGAAGGGGAAGCAGCCUCUGCCAUCGUCACUGUCAGGAGCCCACAAUCCUUCUUUCAGCUAAACACCCACACACUCAUAUACACCACAAGCGUUACAAGCCACAAUCUGGUGCGUUAGGUAGGAUUUUCACAAGAUUUUAUAAGGAAUUUAUGGUUAUCAGUUACAGAUUGGAGCUACAGCCUCUCAAAAAUAAUUCAUACUCUGAUUUAGCGUUAUUCUGGGUAACACUUUCUAUGUCUAAUGUUAUUAUGUCAUGUUAAAAGACUCUAUAAAACACUUUUUAUCAUAUUAAAUAAACGUUAUCUGUCAAUACCAAGAUACUCAAUCUCCCAGCUUGCCUGCAGCAUUAUGACUAGGGUAACUAAGCUGCUUAUAAACACACACUGAUCGAUUCUAUAGUUACUUACAUUAUCAGUAAAAGUUUGGACAUACCGUAAAUUUAGUGUUUUUUCAUUUUUUUAAAGGGUCUGCAUUGUAGAUUAAUACUUAAAUCAUCCAAACUAAAAGGAAAACAAACAAGAAUAUGUUUUAUAUUUUAGAUUCAUUUAAGUAGGCAUCACUUUGACCAAGACAACAUUUUAAAUCAUUUAUUGUUCCUUGGCAGUUUUUUGUUUUUACUGCAUAAUGAACAUGUCUAUAAUAACAUUUAUACAAAUAUGUAUUACCUUAUGAAUGCAUUAUAAUGUGUUGUAAAGGUGAAUAAAAAUGACAUUCAUAGAAAGUGUUACCACAUUCAGUUUUUAAACAGCACAUCAGGAUCCUAAUAUUCAGCCAACCCCCAUUUAGUAUCCAUAUCUAUCUAGAAAACUAAAACACAUGUUAAGUUCAUUACAUAGAUAGUUAUAAAUUGUUAUUUAACACCUUUUGAAAUAGAGAAUAGCUUUAAACAAUGCUUAUCGUAUUUGUUGACUUUAAUGUGGGAUUUGUAUCAAUCACUACACAGACUCCAGCUCUGUUUUAUGUGUGUAUUUAAUUUGUCAGUGUGUAUCCGACUCUGUGAGGGUGAAUCUUAACUCAAAGACCUUACCAUACCUCAGUCUCUCACCUUCCUAUUGCAGGGUGUAGGUUUUCUUACAUUUAAGUGCAUACAGUGAACACAGGUAUCUUGUCUCACAUUGUAAUGUGUCACAAAACAAGAGAGAGAGAGAGAGAGAGAGAGAGAGAGAGAGAGAGAGA